AGCAUUUUCAUUAAGAAACUCAUAAGAGAGUUACCAAAUCAAAUAUGAAAAACAAUUUUAUCCCGGAUGUGUCUUACUAUUAUCAGAUUCCAAAGAAAACAUCAAAGAAUUGAUGGAUAAGAAAAGAUCGCAAUCUGUUCCCUCGCAUUUGUUGAUGUCUGCACCUGAAACUAAUUCUGAUACCGAUAAUCCUAUUGAACGGUUGAAAAGUUCAUCAUCACCAAGUACCGAAAAUUAAAAAUAGUACUUAAUACAAUGGAUGUCUCAUCAGAAACUGAUAGUGGUGAGAUUAAGCUAUAUCCAGAAGUACAACCAAAGAAAGUUAAACGAUAUAAUGCAGGACUGUAUAAAAAUUACGACACUUAUAGAGAUAAGCUAUGUUUUCGAACCAUAUCAAAGUGGGAUACUUUAGGUCAGAAACAACAUAUAACAUCAGAAAAAGUAAAUGAUCAAACUGAACUGCAACGUAAUACAUAUGAUAAUCGAAGUACUGCAAAAAAUGGAAAAAUAGUUGAAAGUAAAAGCAGCUGUAAUAAUGAUGACGUAAAUCAUAUUCAAUUGAAAUAUUCAGAACAUGAUUGUAAUAACCUCGAAAAUAUAAAUGAUAUUACAUGUGAUGAAAUCAAUCACAGCUUUGUUGAUGAUCAGAAUAGCAAAUCAAAUAGUGAUGAAAAUGGAAGUAGUGACAGCGAAUCUAUAAGGUACUUGAAAAAUAAUUUUUCUCUUGGUUUUACUGUUAUGUUUUCCUGAAUAAAGUGAUUGAAUAGUAAAAACAAUAAAUUGUUUAAAAAUUGACAAAAACGGUACAUUAUUGAUAGAAAAAUUACAAUGAAAUUCUUUGUACGUUUACAUUUUCCCAUAUUUAUGGGAGGCUACAAACUUAUAUAGUUUUACUCUUUCUCACCUUUAGUAGUAAGCACUGUCAAUAUGAAAUGUAUGAGAGGUCAAUCCCAUACAGCACACAAAUGCUGAAU